AUGUCACCAUUUGAGGCCCUUUAUGGGAAGAGUUGCAGGUCUCCUGUGUGUUGGGAUGAGGUAGAAGAGAGGAAAUUGCUAGAACCCGAACUAGUGCAGACCACACAUGAGGCAAUACAGAAGAUCAUGGCUCAUAUGCAAACAGCUCAGAGUAGACAGAAGAGCUAUGCUGAUGUGAAACGUAAGAACUUGGAAUUUGAGACUGGUGUUAAAGUAUUCUUAAAAGUGGCAUCCAUGAAAGUUCAUAAUGUCUUCCAUGUUUCGAUGCUGAGGAAGUAUGUGACAGACCCGUCCCAUGUAGUUGGCUUCGAACCCUUGCAGUUGAAUGACAACUUGAGCUACGAGGAGAGACCUGUAGAGAUCCUCGCCGGAGAGGUAAAGACAUUGCGCUCUAGGGAAAUUGCAUUUAUGAAAGUCCUGUGGAAGUAUCACCAGUUUAAGGAGGCUACCUGGGAGCGAGAGGAUGAGAUGAAGUCCCAGUACCCAGAGAUUUUUCAGGAAUGA